GGGGAGCAGCGAGCGAGCGGCCGGGGCUGCGGGACGAGCAGGUUGCACCAGUUGCCAGGAUCGCUGCACAAACGAGCAAAACGUCGUCCGAAAUGGCAGCCGAGGGGGAUAAAAUGAUGGCGGGAAGGUUUGUCGGAAGCACAGAUCCAGUCAUGGAGAUGCUCAGCGCUUCCAUUACCGUUGACCAGAGACUGUCUGAGGUUGAUAUCCAGGGGAGCAUGGCUUAUGCCAAAGCCUUGGAGAAGGCUGGGAUUCUGUCUAAAACUGAGCUGGAGAAGAUCCUGAGUGGCCUGGAAAAGAUCUCUGAGGAAUGGUCCAAAGGAGUCUUUGGCGUGAUCCAAACUGAUGAGGACAUCCACACUGCCAACGAACGCAGACUAAAGGAGCUGAUUGGAGAUGUAGCUGGGAAGUUGCACACUGGAAGAAGCAGGAAUGAUCAGGUUGUGACUGACUUGAAGCUGUUCAUGAAGAAUUCCCUCUCUGUCAUCUCCACACACCUCCUGCAGCUCAUCAAGACCCUGGUGGAACGCGCUGCCAUGUAAGUCCUUUCCCAAAUCCAGGGCCUUGGCUGGGCCAGGAGACCUGUAGGCUUGUUCUUUG